UCUUCUCCUCAUGGGUGCACAUUUCCAUCCCAUGGCCCUCUCUAGGUGAUCUAACGCCGCCAGUCUCCAGCAGGUGUCCAACAUGGCGAGCACGGCAAGCGGAUCUCUCGCUCUCUCACUGGCUUUUGUCGUGAUUUCAAUGGGCUCCUUCCUCAAAGGAGCUGCUGAAAUCAUCACAGUGGAAGGUCAGAACCUGGCGACGGACAAUGUUUCGGUGGCGGAGGGCGAGAUGGCCACCAUCAGCUGCAGAGUGAAGAAUAACGACGACUCGGUCAUCCAACUGCUCAACCCCAACAGACAGACCAUCUACUUCAAGGAUGUCAGACCCCUGAAGGACAGCCGGUUCCAGCUGGUGAAUUUCUCCGACAACGAACUGCGGGUGUCCCUUUCCAAUGUGUCGCUCUCGGACGAAGGACGCUACGUGUGCCAGCUCUAUACCGAUCCGCCUCAGGAGGCCUAUGCCGACAUCACCGUCCUGGUGCCCCCGGGCAGCCCGAUCAUCGAGAGCCGCGAGGACGUGGUCAGCGAGGGCAACGAGACGGAGCUCACCUGCACGGCCAGUGGCAGCAAGCCAGCGGCCUCCAUCAGAUGGAUGAAAGGAGAUGAGGAAAUGACAGGAGAAACAACGGUGGAAGAGACGUACGACCGAAUGUUUACCGUCAUCAGUCGCGUGCGGUUCCUCGUCAGCAAAGAGGACGACGGCAUGCCGGUGGAUUGCGUCGUCGAGCACCCGGCCGCCAACGACCUGCUCGCUCAGAGGAACCUGGACGUGCUAUAUAAACCCGAAGUGAAGAUUGUGGUGACGUAUCCCCAAGGAUUAACUCGAGAGGGCGACAAUCUCGAUCUGACGUGCGUUGCGGGGGGAAAACCACACCCUCAUCAGAUCAACUGGCUGAGGGUGGAGGAGGACGUGCCGCCUCACGCCGUGGUCACCGGCUCGGACCUCUUCAUCGAGAACCUCAACAAAUCCUUCAACGGCACGUAUCGCUGCGUGGCCUCUAACACGGUGGGCGAGGCCUACGACGACUACGUCCUCUACGUGUACGAUGCUCCCACUACUAUCCCCACACCCACCACCAAUCCAGCCAACACGCAAGACUCCCGAGCGGGCGAAGGCACGCCACCCAAACUUGACCACGCCGUCAUCGGCGGCGUGGUUGCCGUGGUGAUGUUCGCCAUCCUCUGCGCGCUCAUUGUUCUCGGUCGAUACUUUGCCAGGCACAAAGGCACUUACUUCACGCACGAAGCCAAAGGGGCGGACGACGCCGCCGACGCCGACACGGCCAUCAUCAACGCCGAGGGAGGACACAACAACACGGACGAGAAGAAGGAGUAUUACAUCUAAAGUUUGGAAGGAUGGCUGGUGGUGCUAUGGCAGCAUAACUUUGAUUAGAUCGUUGUAUGUUGGGGGGGGGGGAUUGGGGAGGAAGCAAAAUUCGGACUGACGUGGCCUCAUCUUGAGAAGAGGCCGACCGAGUGUCCCGUCUCAAAACCUUCCUGGACUGCUGGGGCCCGAAACUUCUGUACACUCUUUCUUUUACAGACUAUUUUGUGCCUUGUUCUAUUUUGGUUUGUUUUCUUCCCCGCCGUCCCUCCCACUCACGUGCUUGUUGGUUUGGAUGUUUGCUUGCAAUAUGAAAGUGGCCCGUUUGUGUGUGUGUGUGAGUGCGUGUUAGUCUGUGCCACCGAGCGCAAAGAAGGUCAUCGCCCCUUUUUAUUCUGCAGUAAUCUUAAAGGAGACAUAUUAAUUUUUUUUUUUUUUUUUUUUAAACCACUUUAAAAGAGUUUGCUGAUCAUAUCUGUUGCUUGUUUUGAUCGGAAACCGAUCACUUUGGGCAGGUCUCCAAGCACUGUGACAUCACAGUCCAACCAAAACUGCUUCCUUCCAGAGGUAUUUUGGAUAAGCAUUCCAGAGACCCGACUAUUUGUAUAAAAGUCAUUUUUUUGCUAAUAUGUCCCCUUUAAGAGUUCAGCGAUUAUUGAGAUUCCAUCUCCCAAUCACUAACAUGUACAUUUGAUGCCGUUGGUUUACACGUGAAUGUCAGACAAAAGAAAGAAAAGGAAAAAAAAAAAGUUGAACUAAAUAGCCACUUUAUUAGGGACACUUGAUCAAAGCUGGAUGAAGGAUGACAUGGGCCCUCAAAACGCCAAAUACAAAAUAUGGGGAGUUUUGAAGUCUGAAUCCAGAUUGUUGUUGAUAUGAGACUAUUUAAAGUACGCAGGACAAUUUUAAAAAAGUGGUACGUUAUAUGUCAUCAUUUUAUGAGAAUAAGUCAAAUUAUUGGGGCAGUAAAGUCAAAAGGGUGACAGACGAAAACACAACUUUAUCACAGGAAUAGAAAUUUCACAAAGGCAAGUGUCGCAUUUGAUAAAAAAUCCAAUCAAUUAUGACCAUGUCAAAUUAUUAUUGCAGUGAAUUGACAAAACUGCUGAAUUAAGUCAAAUUAUCAAGGCAAUAAAUUGGAUUUUUUGGGGGGCAUAAAAGUGGUUUAUUAUUUUACAAUUAAAUAUGUAAAAGUUUGUACUUGAGAAAAAUCAGUUCUAUGAAUAAAAAGAUCAUUUUUACAAGAAAGGGACAUCAGUUUUUAGUUAUUAAUUACCGAAGUAGGACAAGAGGGUGUACGUUAUGCGCUGUGGACAUCUAACCAGACGUUUUUAACAAAUGUGUGUAUAUAGUACUGUUUUAGCCAUUUUUAUUAGCAGGUUCUCCAGAGAUGUAGUGCGUUUGUCAGUGUGGGAAUUUAGAUGUUCACUGGCUAAAUUAUGACUCUAUUCUUGUAAUUUUACAACUUCACUUUCAAAACACGUUUUGAAGGCACCGUGUGCCUGAUAAAGUGGCUUUUUCAAUUAAAACUUGCCGGUCUGUGUGUCAGUAUAGAUGUCAUGACAGCAGUUUAUCUUUAGAGGUUAGCAUUGGUGUCAAGUGCGUCACAUGAUAGAGGAUCAAAUGUUCAUUAUUGAGUAGCUAUCAGUUGAGUUGAAUGUUUUUGGCGUGGGCAUUCAUGUUAACAAAAGAGGAACAUUUUAAUCUUAUAAGCUUAUUUUUAUUUAUUUUUUCCUUGGAUAUUUUUAAGGCAAAUUUUAUCACAAAAUGUCAUAAUUUGAAUAAUAUUGAUCUGCCUGCUAAAAACACACGGUCCUAAAUAAUGGAUCUAGUUUGUCUUGGCUCACUUAAUUAGCUUUAUUUAGCAUAAAGAAAAAUGAACAAUUUUGAACCCUGUUUAAGCUAAACGUAGCUAGCCCCAUGUGUGUAUUGUGUGUUUUCUUUAAGAGCCUUCACCUUUAAUCAUUAUUAUUUAUAUUAUUUUAUUUUUAUUUACACAAAAGAAUGGUGGACAAAAAGAAAUAUUGUUUUGGAGUUUCUUGUCUAGUGUUGGCAUAAAAAAUAGCUAGCAUUAAGAUUCGCUAGGACGUUUAGCUAAAAUAUUUGAACAAUUAGUGUAAAACUAACUCAUUCCAGAGCUGAGGAUUUAAUACUUGAUUAAUUAUUAUUGUGUUCUUUAUUUUUACAUAUGAGAUAAAAAGAUGCCCAUGUUAAAGCUGGUUCCUGCUUUGUGCUGAACUUAGCUUGCGAGACAGCUUCCAAUGGGAUACAAAGCUAUAAUUUGUUUUUAUAUAAAUAUCAAAAGUGCAAAACUCCAAUAAUGUUAUUGAGUAUUUUAUUUAGAUUUUGCCCUAUAUGGACAAAAAGUUGAACUUGGUAAGCUUUGUUUAGCAUCAAAACAGGAGAAACAGAAAUGAGGCUAAACGCUAACGUGAUGCUAAAGUUCAGCUCAACCAACAAAAUUUUGACAGUUUACUGGACUUUUUCCUGCGUUUUAUUCUUUAUUUGUACAUAUUUGAUAAAAGUGACUAUUUUAAUCCACUUCCUGUUUUAUCAACCUCCCAGCUAGCUUCUACUGCGAUAGAAGCAGUGUAAUUUUUUUUCCCCCCAAGCUAUAUGCUUUCAUUAGAUUCUUAGCUGUUAAUAAAUUAAAUACCUUCCAAUGUAAAAUUAAUGUGCAAAGAGUGUUACAGUACGUCUAUUUCUUCACUCGCAGUCAUCUAUAAGCAGUAAAAAGACAUCUCUUGAAGUAUCGUUCCCCUUAGGCCACCUUUGAUUGGUCUUGAACGGCCGACUGCUCUAUCAAGUUGUUCCUUCCCCCCGACUUGUCGCCCAACAGCCUCAAAACGUCACUCAAAAGCCUUUUCUUACCUAGCAACAGAAACCCAAAACACAGUCCCAGAUAGUUGCUAUUCAAAAACAUCCAGUUUAUCGGAUAACCACCGCCUUAAAGUCACCUCCCGAUCAAUCACGCUUAAAUAAAAGAGCGAAGGACUUGAUGUAGUGCCUUGUUUGACGUGGAGGCAUACAGGUGGUCGGAUACUUUAAAGCACGGGUGGGCAACCUAGCCCGCACUAUUUGUAUCACACCUCCAGUUUUUUGGUUUUUUUUAUAUUUUUAAAAAGUGUUCAUGUAAUUUAAUUAUGUAUGUUGGCUUCAGCCCUAUUUUCUUUUUCUCUUGUAGCCACUUAAUGAGACAAACCUGUACAAUCGAGAACCUGCUGUAAAAAGAUUUGGCUCACAAAUGCUCAAAAUUGUUCAAUUUUGUUUUUUUUGCUUAGACUAUCGUCAGAAAAUGACUAAUUUCAUUUUGUAAAAUGACAAUACGAUUCUCAUAAAAUUACAGUUUCUGUCUCAUAAAACACUUAUUUUAUGAUAUCACUAUUUUAUUUUCAUAUUUGCAACUUCUGUGUCAUUUGACUUUUUCUCCUGCUCAAAAAUAUUGUUAUUCUCGUGAAAUUCCGAUUUAAUCCUCAUGAAUUAUUUCAAAAUGAAAUGAGAAUUUAAAGAGGGGCCCCUGAUAGGACAAUGGUUCCCCACCUCUGCGUUAAAGUGUUAUCUUGUACAUUUGUGUCCUCUUUUUAAGUGGUUCGACGCGAUGUUGGUCCACGUUGUCGCUUACUGCUGCGCCGUUUUGGACCCUGGCGUUCAUGUUGUACAAAAGCUCGGAUGCUCGGUCCCAGAUGUUGUAUUUACUAUGUAUUAUUAAAUUUGGUGAUUCCAAAUGUUCAUUGAAGCAGUAUUUCUUAUUUAUGGGGAUGACUUCUGUGGAUGAGGUUAAAACAAGCAGCUAGCAGCCAAUCGGAAGGAACGAGUACAUAUAAAAGGGAAACCACCUAUGUUUAAAAUGGCUGUUUUUUUAGGAUUUUGUAAAUAAUAAUAAUAAAAGAGACCAUGAAAAAACAUUUCAAAACUGAAAUUGAAAUCAAUAUUUUUGACAAAACUCAUCUUAAUGUAGGCAUACAGGACAUUUACCCAUUUUAAUAUUGUAUUAUUCACAGAUUUUGUUUUUUUCAAAAUAACCCUAAUUGUCAUAACAUUAUAUUGAAUGACAAAUGCAUUUUAAAAUAUUUUAAAAAUUAUUAUAUAUAAAAAUUGCGCUAAUUCUAUUUGAUUUUUGAUGUUUUUCCUUAUGAUGAUUAGUAUGUUUGUGUUCACUCUCUCAGGUUCAUGAGUGUUAAUAGUUGUGUUUUUGCAUCUCAGGUAGAAUGCAAAUGUAUUGUAAAAAAAAUUUAAAAGCCCUCCCUGCCCUGCCAGCCUACUAAGUAUAUCGUGUAACUAUUUUUAGUGCAACAGCAGCUAUUCAAACCGAUGUAGAUGGAUUUGUCACUUUGUUGAGCAACCACAAAAAUGCCAGAGUAGACUUGGCCAUCAAGCGGACCAGCACCACGUGUACAGUCGAUGUUUCUCAAACUUCUUCCUCUCGUAUGUUCGGUUGUGAAUGUUUUGCAUACAAGAUAUGAUGUACAUGUAUUUCCUGUAACAUGUCCAAGAGGGGAAGGAGGACGAGGAGCUGCUUUGUGUUUCGCUACCCACAAAAAAUGCUUUAACGUUGUCUUCUUUUUUUCUUUUUCUUUAAUGUAGCGAACACUUUUGAUUGUCGUCUGGCCAUGCAUCUUUUGUAUUGGUUCACCAACAUUUUUACAAAAGGAAAAAAAAAAAUACACACAACCUGAUGAGUACUUGUCUUAAUAAAGAAUAUGUCGUAUGUU